AUGCUCUCCCUCCCCUUCAUCACCCCGCAGGACUCGCAUGAGCUCUGGUUCGGCCCCUCCCAACCCUCCCGCUUCAUCCAGCAAUCCAACCCCGACGCCUCAACCCAACAUGCCCGCCGCAAUGCCCCGAAUCCCAGCACCCACCGCGCCUUCCUGCCCUCCCGCUCCCCCGCCAACAGCCUCGCAGCCCUCCAGAUGGAGGAGCGCACCCUGCGCGCGCGCAAGCAGAACAUUGCCUCUUUCGGCUCCUCUUGGAUCCGACCCGCCGGUUGCGCCAAGACGAUGCUCGGCAUGAAAGAAGAAGAAGCCGAGCGCGAGGAAGCCCUCGCCGCCGCGGCCGCGGAAAUGGGCGCUGUCGAUACGGAGGGCCUGAUGGAUGAUGAUAUGGGGAUGACGCAGGGCGAAGGCGAGGAGGAAGGGGAAGGCAUGGAGCGCGAUUUGGAUGACGAGAUACCGGACGCGGAGGAGGGACUGGUGGAAGAGGGCGAGGAGGGGCUGGCGGAGGAUGGGCUGGAUGAUGAGGAAGGGUUCAUGGAACGGGACUUGGAUGAUGACAUUCCCGAGGGAUACGAGGAAUCGGGCGAAGAGUCGGGCCUGUACGUGGACGAGGACUUUGAUAACGCGCCGGACUUGGAUGCGGAGGUUCCGGAGGGGAGCGAGGCGCCCAGCCGCGAUUUAGACGAUGAGAUCCCCGAUGCUGUUGAGGAGGGCUCGGAGCAGGAGGGCGAGUGGCAGCAUACGGAUACGGAGGAGGAGUCGGAUGCGGAUGAGACUGAGAAUGAGCAUGAGAAUGACGAUGAGAACGAGGUCGAUGUGACGCGAGAGCACUUCGCUGAAAACUUCCGGACGAGCACGCCGAAUAGUCGGGGCUUGCCACCGCCGCUGAUGCGGCGUGAACGUCCGGGCGAGACCGAAGCCCAGCGCCGCUUCAUCAACCGCUGGAGUGGCGGUGGUGAUGCCUUUGACUCGAGCAGUAUGCUGUUUGAGGAGGAUGACCUGCGGGCCUCGCUGACGAGCCAGAGCAGUCAACGCAGUGGCUUGAGCCGACACUUUCCUCGGCGUGUGGGUGGGCCACGGGAUAGCCUCAAUUGA